CACACACACACACACACACACACACACACGAACGCACACACACACAGUCAUGCGACAAGAUUAAACGACAACAUUCUGACAACUCCACCGUUUAACAACCAAGAGACAAACAUCGUCUUAACUUCAAAUUAGGUAAUUACUUAAAUUUGCUUUUUAUUUGUUUUAUAUUAAAAAAAAAAAGAGAAGAAGUCGUUUUGACAGGUGUGAGUGUGAGGCAGAGCUUAAUCCCGGGGUUUUGGAGGAUUAUGAGCACGGACCUGGAGGAGCAGGAAGAUGAACUUGUUGCUCUCCAGAGUAUUUUCAGUAACGAAGAGUUUGUUCGGGAUGAGUCGAAGUUUGCCGGAACAGUCCGAGUGUCUGCUGAGCUUCCUGCGGAUUUCACUGUUUUCCUGAAAGCAGGUAAAUCCCAGAGGCAGUACAAGAUUUCCUUUCUCCCACCUCUGCUUCUGAGCUUUGAGCUCCCUGAGGACUACCCAUCCUCCUCCCCUCCCUCCUUCACCCUCACCUGCAGCUGGCUGACUCACACACAGCUUGAUGCACUGAGCGCUCAGCUUGUUGAGGUCUACCAGGCAAACUGUGGCAAUGUGAUACUCUUCUCCUGGGUGCAGUUUCUGAGAGAAGAAGCCCUAAAGUUUCUGGGUAUCUGUAACGAGCUGGAGGUUGCUUCUGAUUCAAGCUUCACCCUUCAGGACAUACGCAGCGCUGCAGCACCGCAAGUAAAGAACAAUAGUCUCACUUCAGGCUCAAAACCUGCAGACGGCAAGCGUGGCAAUGCAAAGAAUCGAGGCAAGCGAGGUGGUUCUGCACCAGCCUCUGUGCCGUCCUCCAACUCCGUGGACCAACUCAGUCCAGCUGUAGAGGGAGCAGCGUCCCUGCUGGAUGAGGCCGAGGACUCCUCUCAGGAUGAAGAAGACCCAUCUCAGGCCCUUCCGUCCCAGAUUUUGAGCUAUGAUGCGCUGCAGAAACAGAAAGUUUUUGACGGCACGGUGUUUGACUGUGGUGUGUGUUAUUUGAGUUAUCUGGGUUCAGAGUGUGUGCAGCUGUCUGAGUGCGGCCACAUCUUCUGCCAGACCUGCCUCGGGGAGUUUUGCAAAUUCCAGAUCACAGAGGGGAACGUCCGCAAUGUCAGCUGUCCUCAGGCCGACUGCACUGCUACACCUACACCUGCACAGGUGUUGACUCUGGUGGGAGAGGAGCUGUUCAGUCGCUAUGAUCGUCUGAUGCUCCAAACUACUCUUGACUGCAUGUCCGAUGUGGCGUACUGUCCUCGGCCUUCCUGUGCUGCAGCUGUCAUCCAGGAGAAGUCCAGCACUCUAGCAAUGUGCUCUGUCUGUGGCUUUGCCUUCUGUGUCAAGUGCAAGAAAACCUACCAUGGCACAGAUGAAUGUGAGGAUAAGAAGAUAAAAGAAAAAGAGGAAUACCAGAAAAUUGUAGGCAGCUGCCUACCACUACCAGAGUCCCAAGAGGGGCGGUCGGCACUUUGGGAUGACUACAACACCGGCAGUAAGGCGAGGAAGCGCCUCCUGGAGAAUAGAUAUGGUCGCAAGACCUUGAUGGUUUUCUUGGAAUCAGGUCUGAGUGACGGUUGGAUAGAAAAAAACAGCAAACCCUGUCCUCACUGCUCCAGGAAAAUAGAGAAAAAUGGGGGAUGUAACAGAAUGUAUUGCACCCAGUGUCACCACUGUUUCUGCUGGGCCUGUCUCACCGUUUUUUCAGCUAAAAAUACAUCCACACACUUUCAGGAUGGUUCUUGCAUUUUAUUUCCAUAACCUGCCAAGAUCUUCCCAGCCACCAUUCAAUGGAAUUGACACUUUUUGCCAGCAUCUUACAUUGAAACUGCUUUUUAUGUUGCCCUUUGAUUUUUCUCAUUGAAAUAAAAUAAAUUAAAAAACAACUUUCAACCUCAAAUUUGACCAGCUUUAUGUUUAUUUGGGUUUUUCUGUGUGUGUGUGU